AUGCGCUAUACAGAUGUGGUAGGGGCAGAUUCGUCGAAGGUAAUUGGUUCCCUACAAGAAACAUAUAAGGAACAUGAUUAUCAUUUAAGUCCAUCAGAAGUUGGUAAAAGUCCAGGAAGCGAAUGGCCAGUACAAACAUACAACACCUUUGGGGGAAGCUUCCCAUUACCACCGAAGAUAGAAACAGAAUUAAACACUGUUAUCGUGUCUUCAACGCCAAAACCUCAACCUAAAAGUUUAAGAAACAGAGCAAAUAAUUUAAAUGCAGUCGAUUCUUAUUCUAAACCGAACCUUCCUGAUGACAGUAUAUAUAAAAGUAGAAAUUCUAUAACAAUAACCAACCCUGUAAUAGACUCAUUUGAAGAAAAUCAUCGACAAAUAUUAACAAAAGAUGAUGAGGAUGAUACAACUGAACCACUGCCAGUCCCGUUAUUACACCCUAUGCCAGUCACGGCCCCUUUACCAAAUCCAACACGAAGAAAUCUGAAUCAAUCUCCUAAUAACAAAAGUUACCUACCAAAACCAGUUAGUCCAAUUCACAGCGCACCGGAUACUGAAAAUGAAAAUCAAUUAAUUUCGACGUUAAAUAGCGCAACAGUACCAAGAACUGAAUAUAAUCCACCACUAACUAGUGAUUCUAAUCCUCUAAAAACGUACAAUUCAUUACCAGAAUCUGUUGCUAAGUCAGAACCAGAAGUAACUUUAACAGCAUCAAAUAAAUGUGAUCAAGACAAAGAAGUCGAGGACAUAGGAAACACAAGACGAUCUAUGUCCAACCACGAUGAUGGAGAAAAAUUCCCCAACAAGGACACUCACGCCCGAUAUACAGAACGCAACACUGAUAACGAAAACGCAAUGGCAUCUGUUCUGAAUGUAGAAAAGAGUUCAAAGAGUGAUGAUGCAGUUCUUCUGGAUAAAACAAAGCUGUUGCGUGAGAGGACAGAAUCUCAUGUUAGGCGACCGCAGUACAGUGAAAGGCGAAAUGAAAUUAUGGAACCUACGAAGGGAGAUGGAGUUGUAAAUAUGGGACAAUCAUCGCUAAUGAUGAUGCAGACAGAUCGAAUAUGUUACGCUUGUAGUACCGCUAACAAUCCUUCCUGUACGGAUCCUGACAGACGGACCACAGUAAAGUAUUGUCGAAAAGAAAACAACGCUUGUAUUACCAAAACUUUUGGAAAAGGAAACACAUUCACCCUGAUCCGUGACUGUGGCAAAACAUGCGAUGACGCUGAUGCGAACUCGCUGAUGCCACGGUACAAGACAUGUUCCAUAUGCCACUCCGAUCUGUGCAACGGCGCCUACUCGAUCAAUGGACAUAGCAUACUAUUUGCCUUUAUCUUAACAGCGUUAGUGAAAUAUUUAAAUUAGUCGUGCAAUCCAACUUUGUUUGAU